AUGACGUAUCAACGAGUUCAAUAUAAAGGUCGAACAAAAAAUAUUUCAAUUAGCGUGAUUGAUAAUCAAGAAUUUGUUUUGUUACAAGAUGUACAUGAUAUUUUUCCGAAAAUAACUGUUCUGUUAUCGGCUGAUGAUAAUCCAAUUCAAUAUGAAAUGGACGACAAAGGCAAUCGAUUAUUGCCAUUAAGAAUAAAAGCUUAUUCAAACGAUACGCUCAUUGGAUAUUCACCAGAUGAUAGUGAUACAAGUGAUAAUAGCCAAAAAACAACAGGUUAUGUGGUAUCGGCUACUGGUAUUAGUAUUGACCCAGCUAAAACCAAAAUAACUGAUGAAUGGCCAGCAUUAACGAAUGUCGAUGAACUGCGAUCAUUUCUUGGUCUAUGUUCAUACUAUCGUCGUUUUAUGGUCAACUUUUCGUCACUCGCCGAACCACUGACUAGAUUAUUAAAAGCUAAUGUUGAUGUUAAAUGGGAACCUGAAUAA